GCGAGCCGCGGCGGCAGCAGGCAGCCCGGGAGCUCCGGCGGCGGCCGAGCCAGCGGCGGCCCCGCUCCCUGCCCCCUGUAAACUUUGCGAGCAGCCCGCCCGGGGGGCCGGGGACGCGCCUGGGAGGCUCGGCUUGGACCACGGCCGCGCUCUUGGCCGCCGCAGCGCUAGCCGCCGCCGUCGCUGCUACCACCGCAGCUCCGCGCCUCCCCGGGGAGCUGCCGGCGGCUUCCGAGGCCCCCCAGCCCCGGCCCCUGGGCACUGCCCGGCUAGUCCCCGGCCAGGAGUGGGGGCAACAGAGGCGCAGCCAGCUCUGGGGUGCCAAGGGGUGGCCGUCACUGCCCAGGGAGGCGCGCAGAGGCUCGGAGAGCGCUCCCCGGCGGGUCCCCAACGUACUCGCCGCCGCGCCCGGGCAGCGGCCCGACCCGGCUAGCAUGGGCGGCGCGGAGUGACGCCGCCGUGCCCGCUUGGCAUCAAGGACAUUCAGCCCGCGGGGGUGGGGACGAAGGGGGGCAGCCCCGCGUCGCCGCCGCAGCCCCCGAGAGCCACCGCUGUCGUUGCUUAGGCUCCGGGGCUGGAUGGAAGAUAGGGGGUGCUUGGAAUUGAUCUUCAUUUUCUGACCUUUUUGUUGGACAUUACGCCCACCUUGGACGCUGCAAGAGGAGCUGUCAAGCCCGGCAGGCUCUGAUUUGGCCCCCUCCGUUUUCUCUCUGCUGCUCGUGGCUUCCCCGUGCCUCGGUGGAGUAUUUGCGUUCGGGGCUGGGGCUGGAGGAGGCAGCCUCACGCGCGCACACGCACACGUUCAGAGGAGGGCGAGAGGCAGCGGUACAGGCACCAUCUGCAGUGUCAAUGCGGCGCUGGGGCUGAAGGAGGGAAACGCCGCGCUUUCAGGGGAGACAGCCCUGCUGAGUCCUGGCCCCCCGAAGGGACGGUUGUGGUGGAGCGCUGCUGUGUCUGAGAGGGAGCUGUGUCUGAGAUGAAAGCCAUGCCCUGGAACUGGACUUGCUUGCUCUCCCACCUGCUGGUGGUAGGGAUGGGCUCCUCCACUCUGCUUCCACGCCAGCCACCCCAGCUGUCUCAGAAGCCUUCUUUUGUCACAUUCCGAGGGGAGCCCGGAGAGGGCUUCAAUCACCUUGUGGUGGAUGAGAGGACAGGGCACAUUUAUUUGGGGGCUGUCAACAGGAUCUACAAACUCUCUAGUGACCUCAAGGUCUUGGUGACUCACCAGACAGGGCCAGACGACGACAACCCCAAGUGUUACCCACCUCGGAUUGUUCAGACCUGCAAUGAGCCUCUGGCAAGCACCAAUAAUGUCAACAAGAUGCUGCUUAUAGACUACAAAGAAAACAGGCUGAUCGCAUGUGGGAGCCUGUACCAGGGCAUCUGCAAGCUCCUGAGGCUAGAGGACCUCUUCAAGUUGGGAGAGCCCUUUCACAAGAAGGAACACUACCUCUCGGGGGUUAACGAGAGUGGCUCGGUCUUUGGGGUGAUCGUUUCCUACAGCGACUUUGAUGAUAAACUCUUUAUUGCCACAGCAGUGGAUGGCAAACCUGAAUAUUUUCCUACCAUCUCCAGCAGGAAGCUGACUAAGAACUCUGAGGCAGAUGGCAUGUUUGCUUAUGUUUUCCAUGACGAAUUUGUGGCCUCUAUGAUUAAGAUCCCUUCAGACACCUUCACAGUUAUCCCUGAUUUUGACAUCUACUAUGUCUAUGGUUUCAGCAGUGGCAAUUUUGUCUACUUUUUGACCCUUCAGCCAGAGAUGGUGUCUCCCCCAGGCUCCACAACAAAAGAGCAGGUGUACACCUCAAAGCUUGUGAGGCUUUGCAAAGAGGACACAGCCUUCAACUCCUAUGUAGAGGUGCCCAUUGGCUGUGAACGCAAUGGGGUGGAAUAUCGCUUGUUACAGGCUGCCUACCUGUCGAAAGCUGGUACAGUGCUCAGCCAGACCCUGAGAGUCCACCCAGAUGAUGACCUCCUCUUCACCGUCUUCUCCAAGGGCCAGAAGCGGAAGAUGAAGUCUCUGGAUGAGUCUGCCCUGUGCAUCUUCAUCUUGAAGCAGAUCAAUGAUCGCAUUAAGGACCGCCUGCAGUCCUGUUAUAGGGGUGAAGGAACACUAGACCUGGCCUGGCUCAAGGUGAAGGACAUCCCUUGCAGCAGUGCGCUCCUUACCAUUGAUGACAACUUCUGUGGCCUGGAUAUGAAUGCUCCUCUGGGAGUGUCUGAAAUGGUACGUGGCAUUCCUGUCUUCACAGAAGACAGGGACCGCAUGACUUCCGUCAUUGCGUACGUCUACAAGAAUCACUCGCUGGCCUUCGUGGGCACCAAAAGUGGCAAGCUAAAGAAGAUCCGGGUUGAUGGGCCCAGGGGCAAUGCACUCCAGUAUGAGACUGUGCAGGUGGUGGACUCAGGCCCAGUCCUCCGGGACAUGGCCUUUUCCAAGGACUAUGAGCAGCUCUACAUCAUGUCAGAAAGGCAGCUUACCAGAGUUCCUGUGGAGUCCUGUGGGCAGUAUCGGAGCUGCGGCGAGUGUCUUGGCUCAGGUGACCCCCAUUGUGGCUGGUGUGUGCUCCACAACACGUGCACCCGGAAGGAACGGUGUGAACGCUCCAGGGAACCCCGAAGGUUUGCCUCCGAGAUGAAGCAGUGUGUCCGGCUGACAGUCCAUCCCAACAACAUCUCUGUCUCUCAGUACAACGUGCUGCUGGUCCUAGAGACAUACAAUGUCCCGGAGCUGUCAGCAGGUGUCAACUGUACCUUUGAGGAUCUGUCAGAGAUGGAUGGGCUGGUAAUAGGCAAUCAGAUCCAGUGCUACUCCCCUGCAGCCAAGGAGGUGCCCCGGAUCAUCACAGAAAAUGGGGACCAUCAUGUUGUCCAGCUGCAACUCAAGUCAAAGGAGACCGGGAUGACCUUCGCCAGCACCAGCUUUGUCUUCUAUAACUGCAGUGUCCACAAUUCAUGUCUGUCCUGUGUGGAGAGCCCAUACCGCUGCCACUGGUGUAAAUACCGGCAUGUUUGUACCCAUGACCCCAACACAUGUUCCUUCCAGGAAGGCCGAGUGAAGCUGCCUGAGGACUGCCCCCAGCUGCUGCGAGUGGACAAGAUCCUGGUUCCAGUAGAGGUGAUCAAGCCCAUCACUCUGAAGGCGAAGAACCUCCCACAGCCUCAGUCGGGACAGAGAGGCUAUGAGUGCAUCUUGAACAUCCAGGGCAUCGAGCAGAGGGUACCUGCCCUGCGCUUCAACAGCUCCAGUGUGCAAUGUCAGAACACUUCUUAUUCCUAUGAAGGAAUGGAGAUCAACAACCUGCCAGUGGAGUUGACAGUUGUGUGGAACGGACACUUCAACAUUGACAACCCAGCUCAAAAUAAAGUUUAUCUCUACAAGUGUGGAGCCAUGCGAGAGAGCUGUGGGCUGUGCCUCAAGGCUGACCCGGAUUUCGAGUGCGGCUGGUGUCAGAGCCCAGGCCAGUGUACCCUGCGCCAGCACUGUCCUGCCCAUGAGAGCCGGUGGCUGGAACUGUCAGGUGCCAACAGCAAGUGCACCAACCCUCGGAUCACAGAGAUCAUCCCAGUGACAGGUCCUCGGGAAGGGGGCACCAAGGUCACCAUUCGAGGGGAGAACUUAGGCCUGGAAUUCCGUGACAUUGCUUCACAUGUCAAGGUGGCUGGUGUGGAAUGCAGCCCCUUGGUAGAUGGCUACAUCCCGGCAGAACAGAUCGUGUGUGAGAUGGGAGAGGCCAAACCUAGCCAGCACGCAGGCUUUGUGGAGAUCUGUGUUGCUGUGUGUCGGCCUGAGUUCAUGGCCCGCUCCUCGCAGCUCUAUUACUUCAUGACUCUGACCCUCGCAGAUCUGAAGCCCAGCCGAGGACCCAUGUCUGGGGGUACGCAGGUUACCAUCACAGGCACCAACCUGAAUGCAGGCAGUAAUGUGGUGGUAAUGUUUGGAAGCCAGCCCUGCCUCUUCCACAGGCGCUCUCCAUCCUACAUCAUCUGUAACACUACAUCCUCAGAGGAGGUGUUGGACAUGAAGGUGACUGUGCAGGUGGACAGGGCCAGGAUCCGCCAGGACCUGGUCUUUCAGUACGUGGAGGACCCCACCAUCGUGCGUAUUGAGCCAGAAUGGAGCAUUGUCAGUGGGAACACACCUAUUGCUGUCUGGGGAACUCAUCUGGACCUCAUACAGAACCCACAGAUCCGGGCCAAGCAUGGAGGGAAAGAGCACAUCAACAUCUGUGAGGUCCUAAAUGCUACCGAGAUGACCUGCCAGGCUCCAGCCCUUGCCCUGAGUCCUGACCACCAGUCAGAUCUCACUGAGAGGCCUGAAGAAUUUGGUUUCAUCCUGGACAAUGUCCAGUCUCUGCUAAUUCUCAACAAGACCAACUUCACCUACUAUCCUAACCCUGUGUUUGAGGCUUUCAGUCCCUCGGGAAUCCUGGAGCUCAAGCCUGGCACCCCCAUUAUCCUAAAGGGCAAGAACUUGAUCCCACCUGUGGCUGGAGGCAACGUGAAGCUAAACUACACCGUGCUGGUUGGGGAGAAACCAUGCACCGUGACAGUGUCUGAUGUGCAGCUGCUCUGCGAGUCUCCCAACCUCAUCGGCAGGCACAAAGUGAUGGCACGGGUGGGUGGCAUGGAGUAUUCCCCUGGGAUGGUGUACAUCGCCCCAGACAGCCCGCUCAGCCUGCCUGCCAUCGUCAGCAUUGCAGUGGCUGGUGGCCUCCUCAUCAUCUUCAUUGUGGCCGUGCUCAUCGCUUACAAACGCAAGUCCCGAGAAAGUGACCUCACGCUGAAGAGGCUGCAGAUGCAGAUGGACAAUCUUGAGUCCCGUGUGGCCCUGGAGUGCAAGGAAGCUUUUGCAGAGCUGCAGACAGAUAUCCACGAGCUUACCAGUGACCUAGAUGGAGCUGGGAUUCCUUUUCUGGACUACAGGACCUAUACCAUGCGGGUACUGUUCCCAGGGAUUGAAGACCACCCUGUGCUACGGGACCUUGAGGUCCCAGGUUACCGGCAGGAGCGUGUAGAGAAAGGAUUGAAGCUCUUCGCCCAGCUCAUCAACAACAAGGUGUUUCUACUCUCUUUCAUCCGCACUCUGGAGUCUCAGCGCAGUUUUUCCAUGCGUGACCGAGGUAACGUGGCCUCACUCAUCAUGACGGUACUUCAGAGCAAGCUAGAGUACGCCACUGAUGUGCUGAAGCAGCUACUGGCUGACCUCAUUGAUAAGAACCUGGAGAGCAAGAACCACCCCAAGCUGCUGCUGAGGAGGACGGAGUCGGUGGCCGAGAAGAUGUUGACUAAUUGGUUCACUUUCCUCCUCUACAAGUUCCUCAAGGAGUGUGCUGGAGAGCCCCUCUUUUCCCUGUUCUGUGCCAUCAAGCAGCAGAUGGAGAAGGGCCCUAUUGAUGCCAUCACCGGAGAGGCCCGCUACUCGCUAAGUGAGGACAAGCUCAUCCGACAGCAGAUUGAAUAUAAGACCCUGGUCCUGAGCUGUGUCAGUCCAGAUAAUGCUAACAGCCCAGAGGUCCCAGUGAAGAUCCUCAACUGUGACACCAUCACUCAGGUCAAGGAGAAGAUCUUAGAUGCCAUCUUCAAGAAUGUCCCAUGCUCCCAUCGGCCCAAAGCUGCAGACAUGGACCUGGAGUGGCGACAAGGAAGCGGGGCAAGGAUGAUCCUGCAGGAUGAAGAUAUCACCACCAAGAUCGAGAAUGAUUGGAAGAGACUCAACACAGUAGCUCACUACCAGGUGCCAGAUGGUUCUGUGGUGGCUUUAGUGUCCAAGCAAGUGACAGCCUAUAAUGCAGUAAACAACUCCACCGUCUCCAGGACUUCUGCAAGUAAAUAUGAAAACAUGAUCCGAUACACGGGCAGCCCUGACAGCCUCCGUUCCCGAACACCCAUGAUCACCCCUGACCUGGAAAGCGGGGUCAAGCUGUGGCAUCUGGUGAAGAACCAUGAACAUGGAGACCAGAAGGAGGGGGAUCGAGGAAGCAAGAUGGUGUCCGAGAUCUAUCUGACACGACUAUUGGCCACAAAGGGCACACUGCAGAAGUUUGUGGAUGACCUGUUCGAGACCAUCUUCAGCACAGCCCACCGUGGCUCGGCUCUGCCACUAGCCAUCAAGUACAUGUUUGACUUCCUUGAUGAGCAGGCUGAUAAGCAUGGCAUCCAUGACCCGCACGUCCGCCAUACCUGGAAGAGCAACUGCCUGCCUCUACGGUUUUGGGUGAAUAUGAUCAAGAACCCUCAGUUUGUGUUUGACAUCCAUAAAAACAGCAUCACGGAUGCCUGUCUCUCUGUGGUGGCCCAGACCUUCAUGGACUCCUGCUCCACAUCGGAGCACCGGCUGGGCAAGGAUUCCCCCUCCAACAAGCUGCUCUAUGCCAAGGACAUCCCCAGCUACAAGAACUGGGUAGAGAGGUAUUAUUCAGACAUUGGGAAGAUGCCGGCGAUAAGUGACCAGGACAUGAAUGCAUACCUGGCCGAGCAGUCGCGGAUGCACAUGAAUGAGUUCAACACGAUGAGUGCUCUCUCGGAGAUCUUCUCCUAUGUGGGCAAAUACAGUGAGGAGAUCCUUGGACCCCUGGACCAUGAUGACCAGUGUGGAAAGCAGAAACUGGCUUACAAACUAGAACAAGUCAUAACCCUCAUGAGCUUAGACAGCUGAGAACUGUCCUUCCAGGGCCAUCCUGGAGGGAGGGACACACCAAGCCGUGCCUCAGUCUAGAUUAUCAUCUUUACCAAGUGCAAGUUCCGACAGGCAUCAGCAGCAACCCCAAGCAGCGCCGUCUCUCCUUUCAUUUCUCUGCCUCUUCUGUCUCUCCCUCCUUCCAGAGUCCCACCUCUUCCAGUUGCUCUGCCAGUGGGAUUGGACCACAUCGCUGACCCUCCAUCAAUUUAGGGAUGGCCAGGCCAUAGUGAGGGACCUGACCAGAUCUCAGAGUCAGGCUCCCUCCCAGCUGCUCCUGGCCCCAUGCAUCAACAGCAGGGCUCAUAAAGGAUGAGGAGCUGAGGACAGAACAUUCCUAUGCUGCUACUUCACCUUCUGCUUUGAAAAUCCCCACUGUGGUCCAAAACCUGGCUUCAGGAAGCAACUGUGAGCUCAGUAUUAUCUGAAGUAGGAGACAUCACUCGACUCUCCAUUUUCACACACUCAACAACAAGAGGCCAGGCAGUGGAUCUGGGUGCUUUGUAACUGUGAGAUAAGGGCCUUGCCUCCUACUGAUUUUGGACUGGGGAUCAGUGGAAGUUUAAAGAUGCUCUCUCAGGGGCCGCUGCCUACCUGUUUGAUGUCCAGCAGCCUUCUGUCCCCUUCCAAUAUCCUUGGAGGCCUUCUAAAUGUCCAUAUAGACCUUACUCCCCUUCCUGUGAAAAGUCAGACAGGGAAAAGCUAACAGUUACAUUCCACCAUGGAGAUGUUCCUACAUUAUGUAAUCUGGUUCCUAAUAGCAGAAAUGUAACAUGGAGAGAGAGAAGAGGAAAAAGAGUAUCAUCUAUGCCAGAAGCAACAAUGAAUUGUUCUCUAUUCACCCCAAGUUCAAAUGCAUCAUGACCAUAGUCAAAGGUCCAUUGCUGGAGCCUUGUGUGUUGUCUAGAGAAGGCAUCUCCAUGCUCCUUUGUCACCAUCAUCAAUACUCACCAUGAAAUACAGAGUGCAUCUAGGAGAUUCUACCUCCAGCCGUCUCCGAGGCUCCAUCCCCAAUGUCUUUGGGAACUCCAUAAAUGGCCAGCCCAGCCCUUGUCCCUCCUGCAGAAUCUGGUGCCAUUGCUAUGCAGAUGACUUUGUCACUGGAAUGUCCAGACCUCUGUGGGAAUUGUUUCAUCAACAUCUCAGCUGUCUCUUCAGUGGUUCUUCCUCCUUAUCCUUUCCAAGGUCAUCUACCAUUGGAAGAAACAUACUUACACACAGCCUCACCAAGACAGAACAAGAUGCCAGCAGCCUCAGCCAACAGCUUGUGCCUGGAAGGGACUGGAGACCUGAGUGAGGGACCUGGAUGGAUAUGGAGAACAGUACAUACCACUAAACCAUGGCCCUGGCGUUUUUGUCUCCAUUGU